AUGAAAGCCCUAAUUCUUCUUGGACUCCUGGGAGCCACACUGUCAGCUCCACUUAUUCCACAGCGUCUUAUGUCUGCCAGCAACAGCCAUGAGUUACUUCUGAACCUCAAUAAUGGUCAACUUCUGCCACUACAGCUGCAGGGUCCAUUUAAUUCUUGGAUUCCUCCCUUCUCUGGUAUUCUACCACAGCAACAACAGGCUCCAAUUGCAGGACGCCCCCAAUUCCCAUUGUCAAUUCUAGAUGGAUUUGCAGGACUGUUUCCAAAUCAAAUACCUUUCCCAAGACAAGUGAAUUUUGCCCAAGGAGCCCAGGCAGGCCAGCUGGAUCCCUCACAGCCUCAAACACCAUCGCAGACCCAACAGGGUCCCAAUCAUAUGAUUCCCUAUAUAGUUUCCUUUAAAUUGCCUCAAGAACAAACACAGAUGUUUCAGUACUACCCAGCUUACAUGAUCCUGCCUUGGGACCAGGCUCAACAAGCAGUCACUCAAUCACCCCAACAAACAGGGCAGCAGCAAUUUGAGGAGCAGAUACCAUUCUAUACCCCAUUUGGAUAUGUUCCUCAGCAAGUUGAACCCGGUGUACAAGGAGGACAGCAGCAAUUAUCUUUUGACACAUUCUUGGGUACAGCUCCUGAAACUGUGGGGAUGCCAGCUGAAGGAGGAGUACCAUAUUUACAAAACGAAGUAAUAAGCUUUAGGCAUGAGAGUGCAGGAGUUCUCAUACCGUCAACUACACAAAAACCCAGCACCACCGAUUCUUUUACUGCCACUAAAGACCCAACUCUUGCCCGGCUGCUUCCAGAAGAGAAGAGAAAAGAAUGUGAUGGUGCCUUGGAUAUCUUUUACGUUGUUGCUUCUUCAAAGCUAAUAGCAGCCUUCGCUCUUCUCUGA